GUUGGGUUGUGCAACUUUCACGUUGUACAUGUAUUUGCGGUCUCUGUGCGGUGCAAAAGAUGCCGAAAGAGUCACUAAGAGACAAAUUGGACGGAAAUGAACUGGAUCUGAGCUUGGGGAAUUUGGAGUCCGUUCCUGUGAAGGAACUGGCUAGCCUACCUAAAGCAACCCAUUUAGACCUGUCGUGUAAUCUGAUAACAACUAUUCCUGAAAGUUUCUGCAGUUUGCGACACAUAGUGAGGGUUGACUUCAGUAAGAACUCCAUAUCAGAGCUCCCGCCAAAUUUCGGGGACCUGGUGAACUUGCAGCAUCUGGAUUUGUUGGGGAACAAACUCGAGAUUCUCCCUGUCAGCUUCUGGCAAUUGCGCAAGCUGAAAUGGUUGGAUCUGAAAGAUAAUCCGCUAGACGAGGGCUUAAAGAAGGCCGCUGGAGACUGUCUGGACGAUGUCCAGUGUCGGCGGUGUGCUCAACAGGUUCUGGCGUUUAUGAAGGCAAUUAACUCUGACCUUGAAAGAAGGAAACAGAAGAAAUUACAAGAGGAAAGAGACCAAGAAUCGCAGAGAAAAGUUGAGGAAGAAAUGCAACGACAGAGAAAGAAAGCUGAAAAAUUGAAGGAAAAAGAGAAGAGAAGAAAAGAAUAUGAGGCUAAGAAGAAACAGACUGAAUCUGGGAAGGAGGAAGUGGAGGAUGAAGAUGAAUCUGUUACAGAAACGGUCUCAGUACCAGAGGUCCACAAGAAGAAAGGUGGACGUGGUUGGUCGUGUUGUUUCGCCUUCAUCAACAUCGUGCUGUUCGUGGUUGCUGCUUCUGUGGGGUUGUACAUCUACUGUGAUAUGAAGAAAAUAAUUCCACAGUGUCAGGAGGUGGUCACUAUGGGAGACAACCUCAUGAGGCAUACCAGAGCUGCCGUUCAUCAUUACCUGAACUUGAUCACUGGCAAGAAAAAGUGACUCGCAAUUUAAGAGAUAGAAAGACUUUACCUGGAAUAUAAUGUAUAGGGCGUUGUUGUUGCAAUUAUUGAAUGAAACAACUCCAGAAAUAAAAUUUCUGUCUAAAAAUUUUAGCUACUUCUGUACCUCAGAUUUGUAUAGCAAGGGCGAGUACAUUCAGUCUCGUUUGACUGGGCCAUUCGUGAAGAGAAAUUAAACAGGUUAAAAGAAACGAAAAGAAAAAAUACCGAGGGACAAAGCGACUUUAUACAGCAUUGCUUGCCACAUCUAAAAUAACAAUAAAGGUGUGGUCGAUUCCAGAAAACUACACUCAUAAUAAAAGUGGUCUAUCUCAUCAUUCUUCGCUGGAUCACCCACUGACAAGUAUAGAUCCAUUCUCUGUUAUAUGUCAAUUUGAGGAAGUCCCCGUGAUAUGAAUCUUUAAAAGUUGCGUGAAUGAAUGACGCACGGCUACACAUCAGCAGUUGUACGAGACUGCGGCAGUUAUGUCCCUGACUAAUUUAUUUGGAAAUCCGCGGAAACCACUAGCAGUAAGUUUAACCUCUUGCUGACUGGUAGGAAUGUUAUAACAGCAGUACCGUAUGUUGGAAGGUCUGCCAGCAACCUGCGGAUGGUCGUGGAUUUCCACCAGGCUAUGCCCGGUUUCCUCCCACCAUAAUGCUGAAUGCCAUCGUAUAAAUAAAAUAUUCUUGAGUACGGCGUAAAACACCAAUCAAAUAAAUAAAUAAAUAAAUAUAACAGCAGUAUAAUAGUCUUCUAACAUUUUGGACGAACUGGUUGAUCGGCUGUUGUUAUUGGCCUGACUUCAAGUCGAUAGAGCGGUGGAAAUCCGUCCUGCAUCAAGGAGGCACAUUACAUGCACUUUAAGGAUUCCUUCGUCGUCAUGUCUGAAAAAUGGUUAAGUACGACGUUAAACCCCAAGCACUCACUCACUCACUCAAGUCGAUAGACUACACAGAAGCACACUGACUUUCCACU